AUGAUUAAAAACAGCACAUUGAAAAAUAAUAUAACGACUACUGUUGCAACAUCUGUAACAAAUUAUGAAACCAAUGGUGCUAUCAUGUAUAUUAUUAUUGUUCUUCUUUGGUAUUCUGUUGGUAUUGUCUUUAUGUUAGGAAUGCAAAUGUCAAAUCGUUCAGAAGAAACUGAAGGUUCAGUUAAACGUCGAACAAGAAGUUUUAUUCGAAAUAUCAAUGAUCAUAAUACUAAAAAAGAAAUCUUAGAAGAAUUAGUUGAUAAACAAAAUCGAGAUCGACUUUGGGAUAUUUAUUUAGGUACAACCUUGAAUACAAAAGAUUGUUUAACUCGUGCCGAAACUGUUCGUAUACGUCAUAUUAAAAAAAAAUUAGCUACAAUAAAAAGAAGUCAUCAUUUAAUAUACGAUACAUUAUUACCUUCAACAAAUGAUAUUCGUUAUGUUCGUAGUCGUUCAGAUUAUCCACUAGAUACAUCUC